CAGCGCAUCCCCGGCGGGCGGGCGGGCGGCGGCCGAGCACCCUGGCCGGCGGGGCCCGCGGCGCGCCCCGCGCCCCAUGGAUAUAGCAACAGGUCCCGAGGCGCUGGAGAGGUGCUUCCCCCGCGCCCAGACGGACUGCGCCAAGAUGCUGGACGGCAUCAAGAUGGAGGAGCACGCCCUGCGCCCCGGGCCCGCCACGCUCGGGGUGCUGCUGGGCUCCGACUGCCCGCAUCCCGCGGUGUGCGAGGGCUGCCAGCGACCCAUCUCCGACCGCUUCCUGAUGCGAGUCAACGAGUCCUCCUGGCACGAGGAGUGUUUGCAGUGCGCGGCGUGUCAGCAAGCCCUCACCACCAGCUGCUACUUCCGGGAUCGGAAACUCUACUGCAAACAAGACUACCAACAGCUGUUCGCGGCCAAAUGCAGCGGCUGCAUGGAGAAGAUCGCGCCCACCGAGUUCGUGAUGCGGGCGCUGGAGUGCGUGUACCACCUGGGCUGCUUCUGCUGCUGCGUGUGCGAGCGGCAGCUGCGCAAGGGCGACGAGUUCGUGCUCAAGGAGGGCCAGCUGCUGUGCAAGGGCGACUACGAGAAGGAGAAGGACCUGCUCAGCUCCGUCAGCCCCGACGAGUCCGACUCGGUAAAGAGCGAGGAUGAGGACGGGGACAUGAAGCCGGCCAAGGGGCAGGGCGGCCAGAGCAAGGGCAGCGGGGACGACGGGAAGGACCCCCGGAGGCCCAAGCGACCCCGGACAAUCCUCACCACGCAGCAGCGGAGAGCAUUCAAGGCCUCUUUCGAAGUCUCCUCCAAGCCCUGCCGGAAGGUCCGAGAGACACUAGCCGCAGAGACGGGGCUCAGCGUCCGUGUGGUCCAGGUCUGGUUCCAGAACCAAAGAGCGAAGAUGAAGAAGUUGGCACGAAGGCACCAGCAGCAGCAGGAGCAGCAGAACUCCCAGCGGCUGGGCCAAGAGGUGCUGUCCAGCCGGAUGGAGGGCAUGAUGGCCUCGUACACGCCGCUCGCGCCCCCGCAGCAGCAGAUCGUGGCCAUGGAGCAGAGCCCGUACGGCAGCAGCGACCCUUUCCAGCAGGGCCUCACGCCGCCCCAAAUGCCAGGUGACCACAUGAACCCCUAUGGGGGCGACUCCAUCUUCCAUGACAUCGACAGUGACACCUCCCUCACCAGCCUCAGCGACUGCUUCCUGGGCUCCUCGGACGUGGGCUCCCUGCAGGCCCGCGUGGGGAACCCCAUCGACCGGCUCUACUCCAUGCAGAGUUCCUACUUCGCCUCCUGAGGGCCGGCCGGGCCGCACGGACGCUGGGGCCGGGGGUGGGGAUGGGGGCGUUCUGGGUGGCGCGGGAAGUGGAGGGGGGCAACCCGCGGCCUCCAGCUCGCCGCCCCGCCCCCCCCACCCCACGCCCGCCGCCCGCACAGACUGCAGACAGCCAUACGGUGCCCUCCCGCUGCGGUGGGUCCACGCUGGCCGGGACCGGGCAGGGGCUUGGCACCCCCCGCCCCCUGGGACCCCGAGUCCUCGGACAGCCACUGGCCCCCGGCCCCGCCUGGGCCUCCAUCACCUCCUUCUCCCGCCCUCUCUCUUUUUUGGGAAGUGUAAAUUCUCUCUAUUUUUUUAAACGCCUUCUCUGUGUCCGGCCCCCUCUCACGGCCUGGGCCCAGGUCACAGCAGGGCCCCUCCCCGCCCCGCCCCCGGGCCUGUCCCCCAGCCCAGGCCCCAAGCCCGGGGCAAGCCUGCGACGGCCCCCUCCCGCUCCAGCCCGGGCCAGCUCAGAAGGGACUCUGGCUCGCCCGCGGGGCACGCCCUCCGCAAGCCCCCAGACACCCGCACUGUGGGCAGCCCUGCCCUGCCCUGACGGACGGGGCUAGUGGGAAGCUCCCGGGGGGCCUGGGCUGAGUGAGGCCCCCCCACCCACUAGGGGGCAGGAUCCGAUGCCCCAGCCGGCAGCCCUCCCCGCCCCGUGUGGAGAGGGACCACGGGAAGCCUCUUCUCACACCCCUCCUGGGCCGGGGAGCCCCUCCUUCCCCAGCACCCCCACCGGUCAGCGGCUCCUUCCUGUCCAUUCGCCUCGGCGGCGGCUGGGCUUUGCAUUUCUCCCGCCCUCCUUCCCACAGCUGUCCCCUGCGCCAGGCUCUGGCUCUUCCCUCUGAGGCUGGGAAGCCAGCAUGGCCCCACUGACAUCAGCCAGCCCCCCCGCCCCCGCCCCCGGGAGCCCGCCCGUCACCUCCCCUGUCUGAGGUCCCCUGCCUCUGUUAAUGUGGCCUGCCAGCCGGCGGGUGCUUCCGGUCACAGCCACAGGAGACCCACCCUGCCCAACUGUGACACAGCCGCCAACUCUCACCUCUCUUCCGCGUGCUGGGGGAGGCGGAAGGGGCCUGGGUGCCAGCGGGGUGGGGGCUAUUUAUUGUUCCGGCCCAGUGAGGCGCCUGCUUUGCGAUCUCGCUUUGUUUCCUUGUCCCUGGCCCCGGGGAGUUCUCUGCACCCAAGUUCCGUGACCGCCGGCGUGGCAGCGGUGGCCUGUGAACCAGGCCCUGCCCCUCCCGGGGGCGCCCUGGCCCCUGCCCCGCCCUCAUGGGGACGCCGCCGUCUGUCUCCCUGCUCUCCUGUGGGGGGCCCACGCGGCCCGCUCAGCCCCGCCGUGCAGGUGCUCACAGGUGCACCCCACCUGGAAGCUGAGCCCAGAGUGACCACCUGCCCUGGCACGGGCUGGAGCUCUGCCCACCUCUGCCCCUCCCUGCCGGGCCCCGCCCCAGCCAGGCGCCUCUUAUCCCCAACAGAACUCCCCAUCUGGGGGCCCCCUCGCUUUUGUGGCUUCUCCCCCUGCCCCCUUGGGCCUCACCAGCCCCUGGAGGGGGGGCCAGCCCCACCCUCUGCCUUUCAGAGCCGGCGGCCACCCCGCCUCGUGCCGGGGCAAGCCUGGCCUGGCGGGGACCCCACGCUGCCCUGCUCGUGUCUCCAGCAGGGACCCUCUCGGUGACCGUGCACGGGGCCCCGCAGGGGGACAGCCGGGCCGCUUGGGGCCUCACCACCUCCUGGGUCACCGCCCCCCCACCCGGCCGGGAGCUGGCAAUGCCGGUACACGGUGGUGAGCCCCCCCGGGCGCUGCUCACUUGACUCUCUGUCCCCGGCCUGGGUAUGGGGACACAGGACAAGGGGCUCCCACUGCCCGCCCUCGCCUCACGGGGGUCCCGUUUCUCAUGCGAGGAAACUGAGGCUUCAAAGGGGUCUGGCCCACCAGCCCUGCUGCACCAAGAGGGCAGGGGGGGGUGUUGGGGACCCACAAGGGAAGGCAGAGGUGGGGCCUGCAGGGAGAAGCCGGCCAAGGAGGGACGCAAGGAGCUGCUGCAGAGUCCCCGAGAGGAGCCGGUGCCAGGCGGGGCGCAGGGGAGGGUUCCCACGUGUAGACCCGUGAGGCCGCGGGCCCCGGCCUGGCCCUCAGCACCAUCCCGGGAGCCCUGGGCAUCUCCCCAGGCCCUCACCCGGACCCAAACCCACACGUGGGCUGGGGGGGCAGGAAGGACCCCCCGCUUGGCCCCGGGGAGACGCUCGGGUGCUGGUGCCCGCCCUUGGCAUGGGGUCCCCGGGCCCGCCGGCCCCGCCUCUGUUUCCUUGUACAGAUGCACUGCCCGCCGCCGUCCCAGACACAUUUUAUUUAAUAAGUUGUCAUUGUUAAAUUAUUUAUUAGCGUUUGCCACAUCCCACCCGCCCCCGUCCUCCACACUCGCCUUCCGCCUCUCCCCACAGAAGCAGAAAGUGGAAGCCACAAAGACAUCGGUAUAUUUGUAAAUAAACCAGCCUGUACCCGC